GGAAGCAUCGGCCCUGGUCCCGGGCUGUGCGAGCGUCUCCGCGGUGCUGCCCACCCAUUGCCUGCCCCGGCUAUGGACUGCUACACGGCGAACUGGAACCCGCUCGGGGACUCUGCCUUCUACCGGAAAUAUGAGCUGUACAGCAUGGACUGGGACCUGAAGGAGGAACUGCGGGAUUGCCUGGUGGCCGCUGCACCCUAUGGGGGCCCUAUCGCGCUGCUUAGGAACCCCUGGCGGAAGGAGAAGCCAGCCAGCAUGCGGCCGGUGCUGGAUAUCUACUCGGCUUCCAGCCUGCUACUGACCAGUAUGCUGUGGAAGAGUGGGCCUGUGGUGUCCCUGGGCUGGUCAGCUGAGGAGGAGCUGCUCUGUAUCCAGGAAGAUGGUGCUGUGCUGGUCUACGGGCUCCACGGUGACUUCCGGAGACACUUCAGCAUGGGCAAUGAAGUACUACAGAAUCGGGUUCUGGAUGCCCGGGUCUUCCACACGGAGUUUGGCUCUGGGGUGGCCAUCCUUACAGGGGCUCAUCGCUUUACCCUCAGUGCCAACGUGGGCGACCUCAAACUCCGCCGGAUGCCAGAGGUGCCAGGCCUGCAGAGCGUACCCUCAUGCUGGACUGUGCUGUGCCAGGAGCGAGCGGCGCACAUUCUGCUGGCCAUGGGGCCUGAUCUGUACCUCCUGGACCACGCUGCCUGCUCUGCAGUGACACCCCCUGGCCUGGCCCCAGGAGUGAGCAGCUUUCUGCAGAUGGCUGUCUCCUUUACCUACCGGCACCUGGCCCUCUUUACAGACACAGGCUACAUCUGGAUGGGGACAGCGUCACUCAAGGAGAAGCUGUGCGAGUUCAACUGUAAUAUCCGGGCCCCCCCAAAGCAGAUGGUCUGGUGCAGUCGUCCUCGCAGCAAGGAGCGAGCCGUCGUGGUGGCCUGGGAAAGGCGGCUGAUGGUGGUGGGUGAUGCACCAGAGAGCAUCCAAUUUGUGCUGGACGAAGAUUCAUACUUGGUGCCUGAGCUUGACGGAGUCCGCAUCUUCUCACGUAGCACCCAUGAGUUCCUGCAUGAGGUUCCAGUGGCCAGUGAGGAGAUCUUCAAAAUUGCCUCAAUGGCCCCUGGAGCACUGCUGUUGGAGGCCCAGAAGGAAUAUGAGAAAGAGAGCCAGAAGGCAGACGAGUACCUGCGGGAAAUCCAGGAGCUGGGGCAGCUGACCCAGGCUGUGCAGCAGUGCAUCGAGGCAGCAGGACACGAGCACUGGCCGGACAUGCAGAAGAGGCUGCUCAGGGCAGCCUCCUUUGGAAAGUGUUUCCUCGACAGAUUUCCACCUGACAGUUUUGUACGAAUGUGUCAGGACCUGCGUGUGCUCAACGCUGUCAGGGACUAUCACAUUGGCAUCCCUCUCACCUAUAGCCAAUACAAGCAGCUUACCAUCCAGGUGUUGCUGGACAGGCUUGUCUUGCGGAGGCUUUAUCCUCUCGCCAUCCAGAUAUGCGAGUAUCUGCGUCUUCCUGAAGUGCAAGGCGUCAGCAGGAUCCUGGCCCACUGGGCCUGCUACAAGGUGCAACAGAAAGACGUGUCUGACGAGGACGUUGCUCGGGCCAUUAACCAGAAACUUGGAGACACGCCUGGCGUCUCCUACUCCGACAUCGCUGCACGAGCCUAUGGCUGCGGGCGCACCGAGCUGGCUAUUAAGCUGCUGGAGUAUGAGCCACGCUCGGGGGAGCAAGUCCCCCUUCUCCUAAAGAUGAAAAGGAGCAAACUGGCGCUGAGCAAGGCCAUCGAGAGCGGGGACACUGACCUGGUGUUCACAGUGUUGCUGCACCUAAAGAACGAGCUGAACCGGGGAGACUUCUUUAUGACCCUCCGGAACCAGCCCAUGGCCUUGAGUUUGUACCGGCAGUUCUGUAAGCACCAGGAGCUAGAGACGCUGAAGGACCUUUACAACCAGGAUGACAAUCACCAGGAGCUGGGCAGCUUCCACAUCCGAGCCAGCUACACGGCUGAGGAGCGCAUUGAGGGACGCGUAGCGGCUCUGCAGACAGCAGCUGACGCCUUCUACAAGGCCAAGAAUGAGUUUGCAGCCAAGGCCACAGAGGACCAGAUGCGGCUCUUGCGGCUCCAGCGACGCCUAGAAGACGAGCUGGGAGGUCAGUUCCUAGACCUGUCAUUACACGACACGGUCACCACCCUCAUCCUUGGCGGCCACAACAAGCGCGCAGAGCAGCUGGCACGGGAUUUCCGGAUCCCCGACAAGAGGCUCUGGUGGCUGAAGCUGACGGCCCUGGCAGAGCUGGAAGACUGGGAGGAGCUAGAGAAGUUCUCCAAGAGCAAGAAGUCACCCAUCGGCUACCUGCCCUUUGUAGAGAUCUGCAUGAAGCAGCACAACAAAUACGAAGCCAAGAAGUACGCUUCCCGUGUGGGUCCAGAGCAGAAAGUCAAAGCCCUGCUCCUUGUUGGUGAUGUGGCUCAGGCCGCGGAUGUGGCCAUUGAGCACCGAAAUGAGGCCGAGCUGAGCCUUGUGCUGUCUCACUGCACCGGAGCCACAGAUGGGGCCACGGCCGACAAGAUUCAGCGGGCCAGGGCACAAGCCCAGAAGAAGUGAGGGGCACACCUGCACGUUUCCUCCGCAGGGAGCUCCUUCUAGCUCUGGGGUUGGGUUGGCAUCACUGCUUAUCCAGCCUCUGCUCCAGAGCAACACUAAGGAACUGGGUGAGGUAGGAGAGGAGACAGCUUGUAAAUAAAGGUGGAAUACUU